AUGUCGGUAGGAAAUCGUACGGCACCCGGCCCCGACAGAAUAAGACCAGAACACCUAAAGAGCCUUCCGCCAGUACUCAUCAACACCCUGGUGAGGCUCUUUACACGUUAUCUGUCGGAAUGCAAUGUUCCUAAACAGUGGAAGACGAGAAAGACCGUGUUGUUGUAUAAAAAGGAAGAUCCACAUGACAUCGGCAACUAUCGUCCAAUCUGCCUACUGUCCGUCAUCUACAAACUCUUUACAAGAGUAAUCCUUAAUAGGAUUGAAACAGUCUUGGAUGAAGGACAGCAAUGCGAGCAAGCAGGGUUUCGAAAAGGAUUCAGCACGAUUGACCACAUUCACACUGUUUCGAAACUCAUCGAGGUAUCACGAGAGUACAAGAUGCCGCUCUGUCUCACCUUCAUCGCCUUGAAGAAAGCCUUUGACUCAGUUGAGACGGAAGCGGUCGUGGAAGCCUUGGACAACCAAGGCGUCCCUACUCAGUACAUAAAGGUACUUCGAGAGUUGUACAGUAAAUUCACGACCGGAAUUUCGCCAUUCUACAAGAACGUCAUCAUUGACGUGAAGAGGGGGGUCCGACAGGGUGAUACAAUUUCACCCAAAAUAUUCACAGCCACCCUCGAGAACGCAAUGCGAAAGUUGAAAUGA